AUGGACUGUGCUGCCUGGUCUAACAAUCAGAUAUCCCACCAGAGAGGGGACUGGCGGCACCCGUCGCGGCUUCACCUGCGGGUGGUGACGUUAGUGGAGCACCCCUUCGUCUUCACCCGGGAGGUGGAUGAGGACGGUCUCUGUCCCGCUGGUCAGCUCUGCCUGAACCCCCUCACCAACAACACAGCCCUGCUCCAGUCCCUCUUCCUCCAGAUGCGGGGGCCUAACGACAGCAUUCCCAUGGAGUAUAAGAAGUGUUGCUACGGCUACUGCGUCGAUCUACUGGAGAAACUAGCGGAGGACAUGGGGUUUGACUUCGACCUGUAUAUUGUAGGCGACGGCAAGUACGGUGGGUUUAAGAACGGACGCUGGACAGGGCUGGUGGGAGAUCUUCUCAGCGGAGCGGCCCACUUGGCGGUCACAUCCUUCAGUAUAAACUCGGCCCGGAGCAGGGUUAUAGACUUCACCUCCCCGUUCUUCUCCACCUCUCUGGGCAUCCUGGUACGGACCCGGGACACGGCCGCGCCCAUCGGGGCCUUCAUGUGGCCCCUGCACUGGUCCAUGUGGCUGGGGAUAUUCGUCUCGCUACAYGUUACUGCCGUAUUCYUGACCAUCUAYGAGUGGAACAGCCCGUUUGGGAUGACGCCRCGAGGCAGGAACAGAGAUAAGGUGUUCUCCUUCUCCUCGGCUCUGAACGUCUGCUAUGCCAUCCUGUUCGGCCGUACAGCUGCCAUUAAACCUCCUAAGUGCUGGACGGGGCGGUUCCUCAUGAAUCUCUGGGCUAUCUUCUGCCUGUUCUGUCUGUCCACUUACACAGCCAAUCUGGCCGCCGUCAUGGUGGGGGAGAAAACCUUCGAGCAACUCUCAGGAAUACACGAUCCUAAGGUAAGGACUACUCAGCUGUAUUAA